GCGUCACCGGAAGUGGUAGUGUGACGCAUCACACUCACAGACUGUCCUCUCUGGUCAGACUGUAGUUCAGAAUGUGUUGACGGGAGUUACAGUGUGUGUGUGUGUGUGUGUUUGUGUCGGUGUGUUUGCCUCGCUCAGAGAGAAGUGUUGUUGGUAUGAUGACGCCUUGUUUGGACUGCCUUCUGACGGAGAGAUGAUCUGUGUGUUUCUGUUUCUCUGUCUGAUUCGGCCUCAGUAUGCAGCGCUCGUCUCUCUUCCGGCUCCUGAAAACCUCUCCAUGAACUCAAAGAACUUCCAUCACCUCCUCCGCUGGGACCCUGGGCCCGGGACCCCUGCUGAAGGGACCCAGUACGAGGUCUUUGGAAGUGUAAACAGGAAUAAAUGGAAACCUCUUGGAAAAACUCCAACGACUUCACUAAAGGUGAAGCUGAACACCAACAAGAAAUACAACCUUUCUGUGCAGGCGUCCUACAACCAGAGCAGCUCCAAGAUGUCAAGAAGCGUCACCUUCGAAGCAUUUUCUGACACGAGGAUCGGUCCCGCUGAAGUGUUCCUGUCUGGAUGUGGAAACUGCCUGACAGUCAACAUUUCUCUGCCGGAGCCGGACCCCAGCUCCAAAGUGUCUGACCUGUACCGAUUAUACGACCCUUCCUUCAAAGUGCUGUGGAAGAAACGAGGCGAUCCACAGAAUGUGUUGGAAACGAAGAACAGGAGUUUUAUGUUACCUAACCUGGAGAAGGGGGUGGAGUACUGCAUUCAGGUGGAACCAGACAUACGUGUGAAUAAAAACACAGAACCCUCCACCUGGAGCUGCGCCUUCACCAGCAUCCUGGAGCCCAGUAAAGUCCCUGUGUUUGUAGGUGUGGCUGCUGCUCUGCUGAUCCUUGUUACCGGUGUGAUCAUAGUCGUCAUGUUCAGCCUUUAUUACUCUGGGUUUCUGUGUAAACUGAAGGCCAACCUACCCAGGGCGCUGCUGAUGGCGCUGGGCGGAGGCUACACCCUGACCCCAGAGAUGCCCAUCCUUGAACAUGUCUCCAUCAGCUCAGAGAAAUCCAGCCGGAUCCACAUCCACCCUACACCGCAGCCUGCAGCCAGGGGGGAGGAGGGGGAGGAAGAGGAGGAAGAGGAGGUGGAGGAGGUGGAAGAGGAGAAUAAAGAGUACAUGGACAGAGGAGCAGAGCUUCAUAAUACUGACGGAUCCGGCCCUAACUCUGCCUCGGGGGAUUCUGGGGUAUCAACAGCAAACCGUGAGAGUGAGGGCAGCGUCACACAGGGAGGGCUUCAUCAGGAGGAGGAAGAGGAGGAAGAGGAGGCAGAGGAGGCGGUUUCUGUCAGACCUGAAGGAGGUCAAACUGGACUACAGGGUCAUGUGACCAAAGAGGAGGGGGUGGAGAAAGAGGGGGAGAACGAGGAGGAAGAGACAGAGGAGAUAGAGGAGGAGGAGGAGGAGGUGUGUGACAGCUCAGGUAACGUCAAUCUGUUCUCAGUCAAACUCUCUACUCUCGCUGCGAGUGAGGAAGAAGAGGAGGAGGAAGAGGAGAUAGAGGAGGAGGAAGAGGAGGUGGUGAAGGAGGAGGACAGCAGACACCUCCUCACACACCUGCUGGAUCACACACACACAAAUUCAGCUGUCACACACCUGACUGAGACACACACACGCAGCUCCCUUGAGGAAGAGGAGGAAGAAGAGGAGGAUGAUGAGGAUGAUGAUGAUGAUGAUGAUGAUGAGGAAGGAUUCUCUGGAUAUAUGAGACAUUCGUGAUGUUUACAUUCCUCUGUUUUUUAAUAUACAGGUGUAGAUUUUAUUUUUGUAUUUAAAGUGAAGGAAAAAUCAGCAUGUUUUAAGCCAUCAACCUUCUCAUUUCCUACAGUCUGAAGGUCUUUGAAGGCAGCACAGGAGCCUGUGAGGUCCAAACAGGCAGGACAGACUGGAUGUGUUUUUUUAAACAAUGUGACGGGGAGAUGUUUCAGAAAAUAAAGAUUUAAUGAUUUCUAACAGACGAUGAAGACGAUGAAUUUUGACCUGAGUUUUAUGUUUCCACAGUGAGUGACACAUUUCACUUUUAAAGCCCUCAUGAUGAGAUCGUGUCAGAAAUAAAAUGCACACAUGCACAGGA